GUGCUUAUAAGCCGGACGUUUCGCGAACCCACAACAGACUGUACCCGCAACCAAUGCUCAUCUAUACUUUUCGGUGGAAUGGUAGCUAGCCUAGAACCUAGCUCGGUUUGAUACUUAGUUGUAACAGAAGCUGCAAUCAGUUUACUGACAUCAAUCCGUUUAGGACGAUGAAUUCGUUGGCCACUGAAAUGUAAGGUAAGAUUGGCACAAACAAGGGCAUGAUCAUAGUCCAGAUAGGUACUCCAAAAGGAGCGACACACUUGCACACAACCACGCCAACGGUAGCUGAUCGCGAUGUGAUCAAUCUGAGUCCAGGCUUGAGAUGCAGAAGCAGGACGCCAGGUAGCAAGUCGGCGAUGACCAUGCCGGAAGUUGGUGCUAGCCACAAACAGGUUGUGGUCUGCGCACAGUUGCAGUAGACAGUCCCCGUUAUCUGUCCUGUGACCAACAAGUCCCCAUCGGUCACCUAAACAACUCUCUUCUGUGCCUAGAUGCCCGAUCUGAGCAUUCAAGUCUCCGGCUAGUACUACAAUAUCUGUCGAACGCACUUUCUGGAGAAGAACAGUUAACUGGUGGUAGAAUUCAUCCUUGAUUGCAUCCGGGCUGCAACAUGUCGAAGCAUAGGCGGAGAUGACGAAAAUACAUCGUUUCUCACACCGACCUCUUACUUUGAUGGAACUUUCUAAUCAGACAGCACGUAACUGACUGUUAUUGAGGAUCUGAUUGAUUAGUGCUGCCUCGGCUCUAGCGCUUAGUGAGACACCAACGCCAGCAAGACCAGACGAAGAUGCCACAGGGUCCCCGGAUAAACUCACAUAAAACAAGCUUUUUGAAGCGACAGAUGGAGAGCGAACUUGUAGUACUUCACCAGAGUCUUGAAUACGGGUUUCGGAUAGACAACAGACGUCGAUAUUAAGACUUUCUAAAGACAUAGCCAACCCUAUCUGUUGUCCGACCUGCAUAAUUGUGCGAACUUUGAAGGCAGCCAGUUUGAAUGGUGCACGUGGUUUUAGAAAAACUGCUUCAGUACUCGUAUUCGGUGGUAACAUACAAUUUCCAACCAGGCAGUGACUCGAGAGCGUUUAGAUAGAGCCGAAUAUUCACCAUAGGCGAGCUGUUGUAUAAGUCGAAAAAUAAGGAUGGACAGAGUGGAAAUAAAAGAGAGUGAAUAGAUGACGUGGUAAAUAAUUAUAACAAUAAUAAUAAUAAUAAUAAUAGUGGUGCGAGUCAUUUCAGUGUAAAUCGGAGCGAAAAGAAUGUUUUCCAUAAGUAAAUAGUUCAUCAUGUUUUAGUGCGUAGACUGGGAUACUGCCCGGGUGCCCAGACCGAACCAGGUGGUUUUCUUAGGGGGCCACACCCCGAGCCUUUGACCUAGGGGUCUAGUUCACAAGGCAGUGGAAUAUCGUGAGGAGAUGCAGUACCAUGGACCCGGUGACCAAAAAUUGGUUCAUACGCCAUUUAUUCCCGCAGGAUACUGGAGCCCAUGUGCACUGUUGAUUUGGGAUCUGGUUAUAGCGCCGGACAUUCGCUUUUCGUCCUCUCAUUUUCGUAAACAACACCCCCGCCACGAGAAGGCAGUGAGUAGGACUUCCCUGGCAGAGGCGACGAUUGAAUGUUAAUAGAUGCAUAGACUACGUGGUUGGGAUCCGCGUGAUUAUCGUAGCCAGUGGUUGAAUACUUUAGAUGACGUGACUCAAAACCGUUUGCAGUGGUACAGGUGCAUGUGUUUUUUGUUUUCCGCCAUAUGGGAAUGAAAAUAGUCUAUUUCUGUAGUGUGCACAAUGUGUUUCGCCCCAACCCUUCGUUUAGCUUGGAAUUAACCGAAUAAGUAUAUCCAGUUUAAACAAAGUGCUAACGUUUUUAUACAUUUUAAAUUGUAUUGGCUUAAUUAUUUUUCAGGCUGUUUUCGUACUAGUUUUAUUCAUACAUCUUCACGUAACAUUUGUAAAAUCUCCAGUAACGUGCUUGGAUCAUUUGCGUAGUGAAUUCGAAAGCAUAAAGUCUGGUUCAGGUGUAUCUUUUACCUCCAGAACUAUGGAUGCCAAUUAUUUGUCAAAAGGUAAUGGAUCAGAUUCUUUUUUACGACGUUUAUGGCCUAACUAUGGUGUUUUACGUAUCGAAGUCAUCCGUUCUCCUGAUCCGUUCUAUUCUCUGGAAGACUCAUAUGCGAAAGAGUUUUACGGUACUGAAACUGAUUAUCGUUCUGAAGCCAAAAAUGAAAAAACACCACAGAUUAACGAGUUGGAUAAACAUAUUGCUUAUAUUCCCAAGACUUCAAAAUAUUCAUUAGCUUAUUUUGCUGAGAAUAUCAUCCCCGAACAUCAGGACUUCUGGAAUUCACUUUUAUCUUUGCCAUUCAUUACAUAUGGAUCCAUCAAAGAAGAUUUCAACCACUUUUUAAAUUACUUAUACUCUAGUAAUCGAGAGCGAACAUUCUCUUUUGAGGAGAAUGAGGAACAUAUGUCUCCAUAUAACGCAAUUAUAACCACCAGGAAUAAACUCAGUCAGUUGUUGCCUGAAGUGAACCGGUUAGUAUUCGACAUCUUUGCUGGUAUCGUUGAUUUUAUUUGCGACAUUCCUAUUCGCAUAUAUGCCUCGUCAGGUCCUGCAUUAGACACAAAUGAGAGCUACAUAAUUGAAUACGCCUUGGAGUAUGGAUUUCUUCGUCUUUCACCGCGGGCCCGAAAUCGGCUUAACGUAACUGUAAAAUUAAUUGUUCUUGACCCAGAAACAAACCCUUGCUUCGGCAGUAAACUCAGUCGUUUUCUCAUGGAAGAGUUUCUCGGUUAUGAAGACCUUUUGAUUGGUAGUGUGAAGUACUUAUCAGCUAGCGAAGGACUGAAAGGUUAUGUGGUAAAUGUAAUGAGCGGACAACAUUAUAAGCUCGUUAUUUCGCAGAUGUCUAGGUCGUCCUACUUUGCUGCUGCUCUGAUCAUGUUACUAUUUACUUUUUGUAUAUCCGUUCUUUUAAGAUAUUCAAGUCAACAGCUUGUGGUUGUAAUAGCUGAUAUUCUCCAAAUGUUUGAAACGAAUACCUCAUUUGGGAUUCCUGUUGCCCCAUUUAUGACAGUUAUUCUUGCUCUUGUUGCCAUGGAAACUAUCAUGUCUGAAUUUUUCGGAGAUUCAAUCACUGCGUUUUAUGUUAUUCUUAUUAUAAGUGUUUGUGAUCACUAUGAAGCUGUAUUUUGUCGUACUGAAUUAAGCAAAAGAUAUUGGCCAAGAUACUUCUACUUGUAUCAUUUUGGAUUUUAUGCCUACCAUUAUCGUUUCAAUGGGCAAUUCAGUGGUGUCGCUCUUUGGGUUUCCUGGUUAUUUAUAUUGCAUUCAAUGAUUUAUUUCUUCCAUCACUACGAAUUACCUAACCUGCUUAGUGAUUGGGAAUUCCGUGAAUUCGUUUCUAAUAAUCAACUCGUAGGUCAAAUUCAGCUACAAGUUUCUACACCAUCAUUAUCUGUCCGGAAUAGUCAGGAUGCUUCCAGUUUAAACCGUCUUAUCAACUCGCAUGAACGAACAGAGUCGUUAGGUGACUUAACAACUACUGUUGGUGGUUCAAACAAUUUCGAGUCAAAUGAAUUAUCUAACAAUAUUUUCACGGUUACAAGUUCAGUACCUACUUUUAGUGAGAUUUCUGGUGAAAUCGAAGCUAAUCAAAGUGAUUUACUUUCUAAUAAUACUGCAUUAGCUGAUUCUCCCGUAAAUCCUGCUAAUUUAAACCACUUAGAAUAAUAAUUUAUGAUCUAUUAACAUUUGUACUUUUGUUAUUUUGUGUUUAUUUAUUGUAAUAUCCCAUCCCUCUAGUUUUUUACAUUUACGCUAGAAAAUUGAGGUUUCUCACUACUUAGACCUUCAAACGGCUGGAAAAAUAAAGUCAUCUAUUCUGGG